UGGAGGGUGUUCUUCCAUUGCCAAGUUCAGAACAAAAGCUCAUGAGCAUCGUCGUGAACUAAAGUCAAAGCUUCUGAUGUACAAAACAAUCCCUUUAGCAAUGGACGCUCCAGAAGAUGCAAGGAAUCCCCGCAAAAGAAAGCUUCCACCUGCUACCUUCGCUUUGGCAGUAUUUUCUGCAGGCAUCGGAGGAACUUUUCAGUAUGGAUAUAAUCUUUCCAUCAUUAAUGCUCCAACCUUGGAUGUGCAGGCAUUCAUUAAUGAGACGUGGUCUGUUCGGAUCGGUACUAAUCUGGAUAGUGGUCUCCUGAAACUUCUGUGGUCUAUAAUAGUUUCAAUUUUUACCCUUGGUGGAUUUCUUGGGGCAUGGUUAGGAGGACAUCUCACCAUCAAAUUCGGUCGGAAAGGGACACUCUUGCUUGUCAACGUCCUUACCCUGGCUGGAUCUGCUUUGAUGGGAACAAGUAAACCCGCUGGCAUUUUUGAACUUUUAAUAGUGGGCAGGUUUCUUGUGGGACUACAUUCAGGAGUCAGCCUGUGUGUACAGCCCAUGUAUCUGGGAGAAAUCGCUCCCAAGGCUUGGAGAGGAGCCAUAUCUAUGGGAAGCUCAAUAUUCAUAACGUUAGGAAUCCUGACUGGUCAGGUGAUAGGACAGAGGGAGUUGCUGGGCAGGGAGCAAUUCUGGCACAUCCUGCUUUCCACAGUCUGCAUCCCAGCUCUACUCCAGCUGCUCUUGUUGCCGUGGUUCCCCGAGAGCCCCAGGCACCUCUUCAUUGACAAAGGACUGGAAGCAAAAGCCCUCCAGAGUCUCAGGCAAUUGCAUGGUGUUAAUUCUUACUUGAGUGAAUUGGAGGAUAUAGAAAAGGAGCAAGUGGCAGUACAACUGCAACAGUCAAAGACACUAUGGGAACUUCUCACUGAUCGCGCGACUCGAUGGCAGCUGAUCACUGUUGUCACCGUUAAUGUUGGCCAGCAGCUUAGUGGCAUCAAUGCUAUCUACUUCUAUGCCACUUAUGUAUUCAAUAAAGCUGGAAUUGCACAAGCAUAUAUCCCAUAUGUUACUAUGGGGACGGGAGCCUGUGAGUGUCUCUCAGCCUUAUGCUGUGGCCUUAUGAUUGAAUGCCUUGGCAGGCGAGUACUCAUCCUUGGUGGUUAUUCGCUCAUGGCUGUGUGGUGCACUUUAAUAACCCUUACACUAACCUAUCAGGCUUCCUAUUUCUGGAUGCCCUACAUGACCAUGACCUUUUUGUUUGCAUUUAUUCUGAGCUUUGGCCUGGGACCAGGGGGUGUGACCAACAUUGUCACGGGGGAGUUGUUCACACAGACGGCAAGGCCGGCUGCCUACAUGGCCAGUGGCUCCAUGAACUGGCUCAGCUUCUUUCUAAUCAGCAUUACAUUCCCAUUUAUUGUGGAAAGCAUGCAGCACUUCUGUUUCCUCGUCUUCCUCGUCGAGUGCCUCCUCAUCACGCUGUUCGUCUACAUUGUCCUACCCGAAACUAAAAACAAGUCCUUCGUGGAGAUUGAGAAGGAAUUUCGAGCUCGGAAUUUCAGGGGGGUUUCACCGACCGUGACCGCGGACGGUGAUGUCAGAGAUGUGCGGAUGUCAAACUUCUGAAGACCUUGGUGCACUGGCAACAAUGUUCUUUUUUUACUCCAAAAUAAAGUUUAUACAUCAUAAGAAACAAACUAUAUACAACAA